AUGAAAGAAGGCAUCAACAUGAAAAAGCAUAGCCAGAAUACAAGAUAUUUGGUUUUCGACUUACUGAGCUCAAUAUUGGAGAGGUUCCAUGAAACUGGUAAACUGGACGAAAACGAAUUUAUUGAAACAUACAUUUAUCUUACCAGCGGAGAGAAAGAUCCUAGAAAUUUGCUAGCAUCGUUCAAGAUUUCUCACGGAAUCUUGGCCAAUUUCGGCACAAAAGUGCUGAGCCAGCACAAAGAGGAUUUAUUCGAUGUUGUUUUUUGCUAUUUUCCUAUUACAUUUGAACCACCAAAGAACGAUCCGUAUGGAAUUACCAGUAAAGACCUGAAAGAUGGGCUUACCAUGUGCAUUGUUGGAAGUGAUGUAUUAGCAAGUGAGGCAUUCCCCGCACUCAUUGAAAAACUAAACUCCACUUCUCCAACAGUGAAACAAGACGCAUUGACUAUGAUCAACUCCUGUCUUGAGAACUACAGUGGUAGUAGCCUGAGAUCAAAUGGUCUCUGGAAAGAUAUUUGGGAUGGUAUAAAAUAUGAAGUUUUGCAUGGUAGUGAUGAAGUUGAAACUGCGACUUUAGCCUUGGGUGCAUUGAUAAAGUUGGCUGCUUCCGUUGCCGUCUUUGAUCAGAACGGUUUAGAAACCAGCGACGUUGAAAUUGUUGACAGCUAUCAUAAUGAGACGGUCCUCGAAAGUUCUAGUAAUGGCAAUGACGUUGCUACCAAUGUUCUGAACGAGCUUUUGACUCAGGUUAAAAAUGAGACAAAAGACAAAUUAGAAGAACCCCAAUCAAAACUAGCCUUACCGGCUGGAACUUUGAUUGCUGGAAUGGCACAGGCAAAUGUUGUUGCAUUUGAAUCGCUUAGCUCAUUUGCAGUGCCAAUCUUACUGGAGGCUGUGCAAUCAUCAUCAACGAUUGAUAGACAAGUGGGUGUCUUGACAAUUCUCACCAAAUUCCUAGUUUCUUCUGGAAGAAUUGGAAGUAAGGAUAAUGCUGAGACAUAUGGUAAUUCGUCGGUAGAGCCGCUCUUAGCACCAUAUAAAGAUCGCAUUUUCGAGUUUUUUUCACGUUCUCUUAUGGGUUCAUCAAAAAGUGAAACUAAACUACGUCUUCUUGCAGUCGAUGGCCUAACAAUAUUAGCUCAACUUCCUGGCCUUCUUGCUAGCGAUGAGAUUGGGUUGAUUAUUCAGUAUCUGAACAAUAUUGUCCUAAAAGAAGAAGACGACGAAUUAUCAGAACGAGCACUGUUGUCUUUGGUUAAAAUGACAAAUUUUGGUAAACAGGACCAGAUCAUAAAUAUCACAUUUCCUACAUUUCUGGCAUCUCUACCGGAGGAUUAUUACAUGUCAGCGGAAACAUCUCUCGAGGUGCAAAAAUCACCAGAGUAUGUUCUUUCAGCACUUGCAAGAUUGUCCACUAGUCGUCCUAUUUUUGAAGUCCUUAGCGUUCGACUAUUGGGUAAGCUUGAAGUCAUUCGUAGCGUCAAAUAUAUACAUGUCAUCCUGUUGACACUACUAUCGGCAUUACGUAAGCUAUCGGAUCAAGAUGAUUUGUCCUUUUAUUUUGAAAAGUUUGUUCCAAAGUUGAUCUCAAAACUGGUCUCACCAACAAGCACCUUGAAGGACGAUCAAACUGUUGACACAGUUGCUCAAAUCGUGGCGUAUACAGUUCAACGAGUAACCGCCACACAACAACAACUAUAUGUAAAUGAAAUUUUUGCAUAUUUCAACGGUAGUGGUGAAUAUUCGACUUUGGUUGGAUCUGAGCCUGUGCAAAGCUUUUUGAGUCCCGAGGCUACCCCAUCCAAUCUGGUAAGUUUCCUCACUACGACGAUAUCUCCUGUUGAUCCAAAAGUCCAACUACCAGUUGAUAAGCUUAGUUUGAUCAAAACUUUAAUCGAAGUUGUGGCAAAGUCCAAAUCUGUUUUUGAGAGAACCGGCUAUCUUCGGUUCAUUGCCUUGAUUACGAACAAGUAUAUUGAGGCCGACAACCAACUGAAAAAGGUACAUGAUUCGCUACUGUCAGAAGUGGAGACAAGAGCAGAUGUGAAUUCACUUGAGAUUUUAACUUGGCUAGCCAAGGGUCUCUUGUUGCGCAAUAGUUCUCUAGGUUACCAGAUAGCUGACUCUUUGGUAAAUUUGCUUAGCCAAGAUUCUUUGACUGGUAGGUUUGCAGCAAGACUAGUAGCUGUCUUAGUCGCACAUGAUCGUAUCCUGACUAAAGAAAACAAGCUAGUGAUCCGCCAGCUAUAUAAACAAAAACUGUUUGCACUUAUUUUGCCCAAACUUGUGGACGGAUUCAAAGCCGGACAUCAGCGAGUCAAUUUCAUGGUGGCUUUGUCAGGGCUCUUGCAAUAUACUCCGAGCACAAUCAUUACCCCACAACUUUCUAAAUUCCUUCCUUUACUACUAGAAUCUUUUGAUAUUCAGGAUACUAAAGUACAGGAGGCCGCUAUAAACACUAUCAUUGUCACAUUGCAUGAGGCAGCUGAUACGUUUGCCCAUCAUAUAUCUACCAUGAUUCCAAAAUUACUUAAGUUGUCGCAGGAUUAUCAGAAAAACUCAGCAUCGGUACGCUCAGCAGCUCUGGUGUGCCUUGGAUCAUUUCCCAAAACGAUAUCUCUUGAGUAUGUUUUGCCAUAUCGUAACAUAGUUAUUAAGGGGCUUAGUACUGUGCUUGAUGACCCGAGACGGUCAGUUAGGGCUGACGCAGUGCUUUGUCGUCAAUCAUACUAUGAACUGGGCCAAUGA